ACCCCAGAGAGAGCUCACAAAACAGGAGAAAUAAAUCUGUAAGGCUCCUGAUGAGGAAGUAGAGAUCACAGCUUCUCAGCAGCAAGCAGUUACUUCCUCCUGUGAGUAAUAAGUGCAACUCCACUCACACAGGUCAGCUUGUCAGACUGAGAGCAGCUCACACACAGAGGGACUCUGCUGCGAUCCCGCACUGGUUAAAUUGACAGAGGUCGGCUCUGCCUCCAUCCCCUUCUGACACCUGUCAACAAAGGCCGUUGCUGUGGAGACGCUGACAAGCCAGAAUAAGGAGGUGAGGAGGAUUCCCCAGACAGACAACCGUGAGAAGACAGAGGAGAGGAACACACAGGAUGGACCAGCAGCAGCACGCCAAAGUAGAGCGAUUUCUCAAGUUGGGAUACUCUCACAGUGACAUCCUGAGGGUGCUGGAGAGCCUCCGCCAUGAUGCCCAGACCAAUGAUAUCCUGGAGGAGCUGAUAAAGACCUGCCACACUCGAAGCAACAAGAGUGUCCCCGACAGCCCCAGGCUGGUCUCCAGAGGCUGCAGCCCUGCUCACAGUCAGCCCAGAGCUGGGCCGGACAGAGAGCUGCUGGCUGGCUUCAGACCCGUCGUUAUAGAUGGAAGCAACGUGGCCAUGAGCCAUGGCAACAAGAAGGUGUUUUCGUGUCAGGGUGUCCAGCUGGCAGUGAACUGGUUCUGGGACAAAGGUCUGCGAGACAUCACCGUGUUCGUUCCCCUGUGGAGGAAGGAGCAGCCGCGACCCGAGGCGCCUAUCACAGAUCAACACAUUCUCCAUGAGCUGGAGAGAAGGAAGAUCCUGGUGUACACGCCAUCUCGCUGCGUAAACGGUAAGAGGGUGGUGUGCUACGAUGACCGCUACAUCGUCAAACUGGCCUUCGACUCAGACGGCAUCAUCGUGUCUAACGACAACUACCGCGACCUGCAGACAGAGAGUCCCCAGUGGAAGACGUUCAUAGAGGAGAGGCUGCUGAUGUACUCCUUCGCUAAUGACAAGUUCAUGCCUCCAGACGAUCCUCUGGGGAGAAAUGGUCCCACAAUCGAUGACUUUCUGUGGAAGAAGCCAUGGAGCCCAGACAACAAGCUGCAGCACUGUCCUUACGGAAAGAAGUGUACUUAUGGAGUCAAGUGCAAGUUCUACCACCCAGAGCGGGCCAACCAAUCCCAGCUGUCUGUGGCCGAUGAACUGAGGGCGCUGAGAGACAGAGCCAAGAACUUCUCGGCCCAGCCGGACACACACUGCAGAUACAUUUCCUCUACACCACCGCCUCUCUGCAUAGAAGAUCUAUCCCUCAGGGCUUCACCCAGCGAGCACUUCAUCUAUCACAGAGACAGUAGCAGCCCCAGAAGCCAACCCAACACAAGCCUGCACCUCUGCCCGAGCCCCGAUGUGGACGAGGCCUUCAGCUCCAUGGAGAGCUCCAUGUCCAGGCUCUACAUCCAGGAUGUGUCCUGCAGCAUGGAGCGUCCUCCUCAUAGCUACAGCAGCGGAGUGGCCAGCUACAGCCACGACGACUGCUCGCUCUCAGGGUCCUUUGGUGGGAACAGCCUGAGGCUCUGCCUCGGCAGAGGAGCAGAUUUCUACCCUAAUCACAGCGGCUCAGUGCCCUGCCUACGGCCCGUGUGCAGCUGUGCUCACCAGGAGACAAGGAUGUCCCACCACCCAGCGUGGGGCUCCUGCCCAGCUCUGCCUCCACAUAACGGGGAGCAUCCUGGAGACUUUUUAGAGAAGCAGUACAGACAGAGCCACAGCUUACAGAGGGACCCGUGGCCACAGGACAGAGCCAAGAGCCCGGCCAGUGAGCAGAGGAGGGGCCUGAGGAGCCAGCUGAGCACCCUCUUCCCUCAGAGCACCGUGGAGCAAGUCAUGAACGCUUACCCUCAUAUCUCAGACAUGACUCAGCUGAUUACUCUGAUCCAGAGCUACAGGAGCAGCCACAUCUCCUUCUAGAUUACAUUCUCAUGCCAAAGCAAAGUGAAAAAUGAAAAAAUAAGAAAAUGUCUUCUGUUCUUUAUUAGGGAUCAUACUGUGACUAAACGUAACUCUUGCUUGAACACAUUCCAAAGUAACCCUUUAUUUGAAGCAUUAAAAAGUGACUGGAUCUGAUAAAGUCUUGAAAAUGUAGCUGAAUGUGUGAAAUGACUGAAUGCUAUAUCUUUAGUAUAAAAGUGCAAUGCACUACACUCCAUUCAUGCUACUUAUUGUAGCAGUGAACAUGUUUAAUUAAAGCAGCAUGUGUUGUUUUCUCAUGUUGCCUCAAAGUGAGGAUUUCCACUAUACUAUUGUGUACUUCUGUAAAGAAUGUCUGUCCUGUUUUAUAUGAAUUCUGUGAAAUAAAAGCUCUCAAUCGCUCUGAA